AUGUCAAGCCCCUCCACGUCGCCGGCGGGAGCUGGUCGGCCUCCACCGACGCCUUCCUCAUCGUCCGUGCCGCCUCUUGUCAGUGAGCCGGAUGCGACCUACCGAUCACUUCUAUCUCUGCUCCUGGCAGGAUCUGCUUCCAGUCGACACUUGCUUCUACUACCCGAGCCGACGUUGACUGCCAGCAUAGCGCACUACCUUUCGUCUCUACCGUCUGAUGCCUUGCCUGGUUUCGUGCGAGCUCUCUGCGAAAGUGCCUGCCUUUGGGCAUGCCGCAACACGACUGGCGGUGGCGACACUGCGCAAGAUGCCACCACUCAGGUGCAAGGACCCCAGCUCCCAACGUUGGAUGAGCGCUCGAUGCUCGUGUACAAUGCUGCGGUGCAGGCGGUGCUCCGAAGACACUCCGCCCUUCUGCAUUCCAGAGCAGGGUCUCUCAGCUACGGAACCGAGCGACAAUUGUCAAGCUGGGUCAGGAAGGUCAUGCAAGCGCUUUCAAUCCCGCUUGAUCUCGCGAACACAUCCUCCAAUCUUCCGAAGAUAUCUCAGCCUGUAGUGGAGGGUGAGGCCGAUCCGGCCAGCAAGAUUUCGGCGCUCAGCUUGCCCGCGCUUUCCAUAACUUCUGGCCUGCUCACUGCGUUAUACAGCAUUCGGCAGCAGCUCAAAGAGCGCAAGACGGGACUCAAUCCCAAGGGGUCGAUGCGUGAAGCUGCAAAGUACUGGGGUCCACUGCUGGAUGCUGCUCUCCAGAAGUACUCUGGAGACUUGCAACAACGAAAGGGGACGAUCGGCUCAGGCGCAGUCUCAAGCGCGUGGGAGAAGGAAUUCGAGAGGCAUGCUGCUGGUCAAGCCGAGGUCGCGGACAGCGCAGUCGCUCUGUCCUCACCACCCUUGCCAUCUUGCAGCAGCCCACUUGACGUAGAAGCACAAGCUGUUUGCUGCGUGUUGUCCGCCCUGGGCCCCAACUUGUCCGAGACUGCGAUUGAGCUGAGGGACAGCAUCGCACUCAUCAACCUGUGCACACCGUUCGUACAAAGCGUCUUUGACGCUCAGCUACUCACCUCGGUCAACAAGGACGUUGUGUCUGGCCCGGAUGGACUCGAAAUCAAAGUGAGCACGAGCUGAUCUAUAGUGGAGCCGCAGAAUGUACGUCUUGUUGCUGCUAAUUUCGACGUCCCGGCUUAUGAUCGGCAGGCAGAUUCGGAGCUUGCGCGUCGAAUCAGGAGCUCAGCGACAUCGCACAAUCUACCGCGCCUGGGUCCGAUCACACGAAUCGCGGGACUAGCGUUGGGCGAAGCAGCGCGCAGUCAGACACCAGAAGUCCUGGAAGAGGCAGUCCAUGGACUCGAAGAAGGCCUUCACGAAUUGUCGCGUCGAUGGGAAGCUGGCUUCGUAUCCGCCGAUCUGAGCACGGUGGCGCCUGCGAGCGAAGGUCUGACGACGCAACUUUGGACGCUUUUCAAGUCUCUCUUGUUUGGGAGCGUCAUGCUGUACGAUGGUCUGCUUGAUGGGCUGCUGGAGGCCAUCCCAUCCCAGCCCCUCGUCGUAAUUUUGUCUCCCGAAAGCCCAGGCUACGUGGAAGGUCUGACUAGCUCGAAUAUUCCCCCUGUCUAUCUGGCUCUCUGCCACUCGGCCCUUCAGACCCUAUCGAACCUGAGCUUUGUCUCACAUCCAAUGGGCGACUCUUUUGAGGCCCUGCGUAGAACAACGUACGCUGCGCUAGACAUUCUGGCUCGAGAUGCACGAGCUUCUGUAAGUCUUAUCACCGACCUAAGAAGAUCCCUAGCGGGAGGCGAGAUCGAGUCAAGCCACAAAUCAUGGAGGAGAGAAAAGGUCACGUUCUUUCUAGACGCGUGUGAGCAGCUCGUUCCAUCAGUCCCCGAUGCGGUGCACCGAGUGGUGCUGGACGUGGCCAAGUAGUAAGUCGUUCGGAGAUGGAUGCUUUUGGAGUCGAUCCGCGUUGCUAACAUAUGAUGCUGCGCGCACUACAGCUAUCUGGAGGACAACACGUGGCCUGACACGUUCGAGUCGGCGCACUCGGUCGUUCUAGCGCUUCUGUCGGCGCACGCACCAUGCUCAUCUUCACUCGCGCCAUAUUAUUCUUCAUCUUUGCUAAAGGUGCGCUGCUCGCGAAUAUGGCUCCCGCACUCAUCACACCUUGACUGACUGCAAAGACCACAAUCAGCUCUUUCCGGAAAAGAUCAACGCCGAGCAAUUAGAGCAUGCGUAUUGCACACUCGUAGAUUCAGCUUCCUCCAUGGACGACGCCUUGGCUCUUUGGUGCGCGGAACAGUUGCGAGACGAGAUAGAAUCAGAGCGAAGCGUACUACUAGCCGCUCCGCCGCAGUCUGCCGAGCCCAGUCUCAAAUCUGACCCAAGAUCAGGGUCUCAAAUACCUGCGACAAGGCUGGAGACGCUGCAAGCUGUUCAUGUCGCUCUUCUUCCCUCGCUGCAUCUCGUACUGCUUCAGACACAUCUCAGCUUUGUCAAGCGACACUUGCUCUCGCUCCCUGCAGAUUCUACGCAGCGAGAAGCUCUGGCCGAGAAGACGUUCGACGCUCUUGCUGGACUUGAUGCUGCUACGCGGGAGGAAGGACUUGCUUGGUGGGCACGCGAGAGGGAAGCGUUUGGAGUCUGA